GUAAAAAAUUUAGGCGAGAAAAAAACGCCGAUAGACUGAAGGAGAAAAGAAACCCUAGAAAAGUCUGUUCAUUCGGUCACUCACUCAGUCUGUUGAGUUCUUGCUCUUCUACUUCAGUUUUUCUUUCUUGCUCACUGUAAAUUUUUCGUUUUGAUUUUGGGGAUUGGAUACAUUUAUAUUGUUUCUCUUCUUUUUUUUUUCCUAGGGUUUUAAUCUUCUUUAUGUCUUGUUUCUUCUUUCGUGUAGAAAAUCGCAAGAAGAGACCUAAAGGUGAUUUAAUAUUGAGGGGGAAGUUGGGUCUUAGGCCUGUGGAAAACUGGGGUUAAGGCUUAACAAUAUUGGGAAAACUUUGAAAAUGGUUCCAUCACCAAUGUUAAUUAACCAAGAUAGCAAAUUGGAUGUCAGUUUGAAGGCUCCAUUAAACCAAGAUGAUGGGAGUUUAAGGUGUACAAAUAAUUGUGAGGAUACUAACUUUGACAUGGAUACACUGCUCGAUCCACAACCUAUGAUGCAAGAUACAAAUGAAAAUUCUGAGGUUGAAGUUGUGGAAUGUACAAAUAAUAGUGAUAUUAGGUUGCAGGAAGAUGACAAUCCAGAUGCAACUGAAUAUUCAAGCUCUUUUGGGGACACUGUUUCAUUAAAUGGUGAUAGUUCUAGAGUGAGUGAUCCUGAAGUUGAGUCUGAAUUCUGUGGCGACAAUGUGCUGGGGUUUGAUGGAUUUGGCAGUUUAUUUUCAAUGAGGAAGAAGAGGUUGACAGAUCAGUGGAGGAGCUAUAUACGGCCUUUAAUGUGGCGUUGCAAAUGGGUAGAGCUGAGGAUGAAGGAAUUUCGGUCGCAGGCAGCCAAGUACAAUACAGAACUUGCGGAAUGUUUGAGAGUUAAGCAAUUGGAGCUAGGGCAGUUCGCAUCAGAAGGUUGUGGAAGAACGUUGCCAUUUUGCAGACAAAUCUACAAAAGAAAAGCCAUGAAGAGGAGGAAAAGAAAGAAAGUUGAAGACACGACCGAUAUAACUUCGUAUAUGUCCUCGCACAAUCUGUUCUCGCAUUAUGAGAAGAAAUCAGAUGCGGAUGGUGCAUCAGCUGAUGAGGACUGUGGUAAUCCUGUGAUGGCAGAUGUUAACGGCAAUGAAGAACCUGAUGGCCAUUAUGAGUUGUCCUCGUUUGAGUGUAAAGACGGUGAUAAUUCUAUAGAGCAGAUCCUUUGGAAUAUUGAAAUGGCACAAUCAAAAGCCAAGAGGUUAAAGACUGUGGUUGACACUCUCCUUAUGGAACAUGCUGGGAAGUUUUCCUCAAUGGAAAAUUUGAGCAUAUUUGCGUCAAGUGACCUGCCGUCCAGUUCGGCUCGAAGCCCUACGUUCUCUCCUGGUCAUGGGGACGCCAUGCCAAUUGGAGCACUAUAUACUCCUCCAGGACAUACAUCAGAGUUUGAAAUAGGCAAUCUUGUCAUUCCAGAGAGUGCAGUUUCAAGUUAUGUGGAGGAGACUCUUCCCAACGUAGUUCAGAACCCUGUGGGAUGGUUAUCUGCUGUGGGAAACCCUGUUGAUCAGCCUCAGGUUGGAGCUUCAAGUAUAAAUAUGAUGGAUGAUAUCCUGAUAGGUAAUCGUAGAGCAGCUGGGAAAGGACUUGAUUUAAUAGAAAAGGUUAGUGAUACUGCACCUGUGAAGGUGAAAAAAGAAAUAGAAGAGGAGAGGAACAUCAUCACCACCCUUUCUUCUGAUCUAGUCCCUAAACCUGAAAUACCUGUUGAGGAGAAGAAAGUUGUGAUCAAGGAAGAGAUAGAUAUGACGUUUUCCUUGUGCGCCGAAGUCAAUGUUCCUAAGAAUAAGAGAAAGCGAGGGGAGCGCAAACCUGGUUCGGGUGCUUGGAAUAAUGAGACAAUUUCUACACAGAGAUCAUCAGGGGGAAGGUUAUUGUCGACAAAGAGAUAAGCUCUUACGUACUAUUCCAUCUGGGUGGUAAUUCAUGUACAUACUGUUUGUGUUCAAAGCAAUGAAUUUUACCUCUCUACAUCUUCUUUCAUCCCUUUAAGUUUGUUGUUGAUCAAAUGGAAGCUCAUUUUCCCGAAGUCCUCAAUGGAACCCCUUGGUGUUAAUUGAAACUGGCAAGACUCGUUAUUUGUGUAACUGUGUUCUUUCUGCUGAAUUGCUAAAAUGGAGUUCAACUUGUUUAUACUCUGGUUCCGUUGGACUGUUGCUUGGAGAUGAACCAGGGUAGAAUAGUUAUUAAAGUUUCUUUUUUGGAUAGUCUUGCAAGGAAGGAACCCUUGUCGAAUGUUUGUAAUUCCCUUAUGUGUUAAUGUUAGGAUGUUUUCUCA